AUGAACGACCUCGCUCAGGCCGUUGCCUUUCUGGAGUCGCUUAAUCUCGCCCAUGGUGAUCUACGACCCGAAAAUAUUUUGAUUGAUCGCGACCGAUUAAAACUUUCAGAUUUUGAUUGUACUGCAGAAUUUGGGACUGAUUUUGAAACCUGUAUGGCCCCAUAUGGAAGAAUACUCAAUGGUAAUGAACAGGACCAAGGAUCAUGUGGGAGUUCUGGUUUCUUAGGUUGUCGAACCGAACAAUUCGCCCUUGGCUCUUUAUACUACUUUAUAAACUACGGCUUUGAGGUUUACGAUGAUCGAUGUCUUACUGAGGAUCCUAAAGAGCACGGACGCAAAGUUGUGGAGCUAUUGCAGAACAUGGAAUUUCCGAAGCUAGAUGGUAAUCCAUUAAUUGACGAGAUCAUCGAUAAAUGUUGGCACAAUGGUUAUGCCACGAUCGCAGACUUGGCCGCAUACACAGAGACGUUCCUUGGAAGAAAGUACGGCAGAGAGACCGAAGCCGAAAUAACUAAUGGUGGAGAACUAGAUGGCUGUAGCCGUGAAAGCUGCCAAAACGACUUAGAGGAUAUCUCUUCCAAAAGGACAUUCUGCCAGGAUCUGGAGAAGCGCGGACUUCUUCGUAUGCUUUCAUCAGGAGAGCCAGAGCAACUCGGAUUUACUCUCGAGUGGUAUAGACAUUCCACAAAUUGA